GUGUUAGCGGAAACGUCAUAUCUUUUGGGUAGCAGCAGCACGUGUGCCGCUUACACAUAACAUUUAGCUGCGUAUCAAAUGUCGUUGAAUUGUAAUUUUAAAUAGAAAUGUGUAACCUUUGAAACAUUAUUUGUAGUAAACAAUACUUUAUACGUCACGUCAACAGGAGUCUUAUGGAUUGAAAUUAGCUUGCGGACUACAAACAGGACGCGCUGUGUCCAAGUUCUUUCUACUAUUUGUACUGCAGUCAUGGCAGCUGCGUUCAGUAGCAACUCGGAAAAUGUAAUACAGCGUCAAGUGGACGUUCAAGAGAGGAGGACCACUCCUGCGGAAAAGAUUGAUGAGUUUUAUGAAAUCCAGAAAACCUGCGAGUUCGUCUGUCAGAAUCACUUUGGAAAGGUCGCGCUUCAGUUUCCUGAUGAACUUCUGCACGAUUCGACUGCAGUAGCAGCUGAGAUUGAAAGGAUUACUCAAGCAAAGGUGUUCAUUCUCGGGGACACAUCUUAUGGCAGCUGCUGUGUGGAUGAAGUGGCAGCGGAGCACGUCGGCGCCGACUGCAUGGUCCACUACGGCCGGGCCUGCCUGAGCCCGUCCAAACGGCUGCCACUCAUGUAUGUCUUUGAGAAAGCGAGCAUAAACUUGGAGAAGUGCAAAUCGGCCUUCAGAGAGCUGUACGCUGACACGCAGGCCGACAUCCUCAUCCUGUAUGAUGUCAAAUAUACUCAUGCUAUUGAUCAUCUGGUGACGCUGUUGCGUGAAGAGUAUCCGAACGUUGUGUCUUCACGACUCGUCGUGGAAGGCGAGCAGUGUUACAGCCACGGCCUGACGAUAAGAGAGACCGACGGGGAUCAGAUUGGCAUUCACUUUGGAAGGCAGCUGUGUCUGAAAAGCGGACUGAGCAUUGAGAAAUACGACGUGUUCUACGUCGGCCAAGAUGGACCGACCCUGCGGAACUUCAUGAUGACGUGGAACCGCUGCUCCUUCUCCUCCUUUGACCCGCUGACAUCGACGGGGAGAUUGGAGUCGGCCGGUGUCAACCGCGCGCUGAUGAAGCGCUUCUACGCUAUAGAGAGGGCCAAAGACGCCAAGGUGGUGGGCAUCUUGGUGGGGACUCUUGGUGUGGCCAACUACUUGUCUAUAAUCCAGCAGCUGAAAGAGACAAUCCGCAGCGCGGGGAAGAAGAGUUACGUGUUCGCCAUGGGGAAGCUGAACGUGCCCAAGCUCGCCAACUUUCUCGAAAUCGACAUUUUUGUUUUGAUUUCGUGCCCGGAGAACGCACUGCUGGACGCCAGUGAGUUCUACCGACCCGUGGUGACGCCGUUCGAGAUGGAAGUGGCCUGCAACAGGAAGCGGGAGUGGUCUGCCGAAUACGUCACCGACUUUCGACAUCUGUUGCCAGGUGGACAAAAUUAUGUGCCUUUGGGAGAAGGGCAAGAGGAAUGCGACGAAACGGACGUGUCUUUAAUCACCGGAGCGCUCAGGAGCAACAAGCUGGAUUCCGAUCGCGCAGAGUCCUCGUGUGGUUCCUCACUUGUCCUGAGGAAUCAAACGUUGACCGUGGCCAACAACCCUGCCGCAUCGUUUUUGGUGACGCGGAGCUGGCGCGGCUUGGAGCCGAAGUUGGGCGAGACCCCCGUGGCGAAAGCUGUGGAGGGCAGGAGAGGCAUCGCUAUUGCGUAUGAAGAAGAAGGAGCAUAAUGGCAACACGUGUUAUUCGUCUUAAUACUUUGACACUUUUAAGAGGUUGGCGUGAUCCAAUCUGGAAAAUGUAUUUCAUCCUUGAAGCAUCUCACCACGUAAGUUUCAGUCCGUUGUGUAUUUAUUUACAUUUGCAAAAC